GUAAGCAAUCUAGCAUUUGAGGAAUCUUUUGAGUGUACAUUACUGAGAAAUAGUUCAUGUCAUAAGAAGAGGCGAAGAAGCCCAAUGUGAGUGAUGGGGUAGUUGGGGGGGGAGUGCGUGGGCUGAUAUGGAAAUAUGUUCCUGAUUUGUGAUGUAUUUUGGCUUCUCUAGAUUGUUCAGACAAAAACUGAAAGACUGGAAGUAGAUCUGAAGAGAGCGAGGGGCCAGAGUUAUAUGAAGACAAUGGAAAUAUCAAAACUUCUGGCAGAAAAAGAGGAGCUGGAACUAAAAAUUCAGGAGCUUACAAAUAAAAAUAUACAAUUGGCCAAAGAAAAAGAAAAACUUUGUGAACAGUAUGAAGAAAAGCUGAGCAGGAAAAAUCAUUCAGAUGAGUCUGGGCAGCUGGAAAAACUCAGACGAGAGAAUGAGAGUCUCAGCUGCAAGGUGCAGAAACACGCUGAAGAAAAGCUGAGCAGGAAAAAUCGUUCAGAUGAGUCUGGGCAGCUGGAAAAACUCAGACGAGAGAAUGAGAGUCUCAGCUGCAAGGUGCAGAAACACGCUGAAGCAAAGCUGAGCAGGAAAAAUCAUUCAGAUGAGUCUGGGCAGCUGGAAAAACUCAGACGAGAGAAUGAGAGUCUCAGCUGCAAGGUGCAGAAACACGCUGAAGAAAAAGCAGAGCUCCUACGAGAAAAUAAUGACCUCAAAGACGAACUUUAUCGAAAGACAACACUGAUGUCAUUAAUGACAUUAGAAAACAAAGAGCUCCAAAAUAAGGCCGAGAUGGUGACAUUCAAAAAUCUUGAACUGACGGAUGAGAAAGAGGAGCUCUGCAGAGAGUAUGAAGAAAGACUGUGGAGAGAGACACAACUGAGGAAGGGCUGCUGCACCUUAUUGAUGGGCAGAGACCGGAUGGACCAGAGACCUGGCAGCAGUGAGUGCAAAAGAGGCGCUGUGAGUGUCUGCCAAACAAAUGCAGAUGUUGCAGAAAACAAGACAGAAGCGCAACAAGAUAAAAUGAAGCCUCAAAUGGAAUAUAAAUUAAAUGAGAAAUGGCUGAAAGCUUCAGUGGACAACCUCAAAAUAAAAAAAUCGAAGGAACCCGGGCCAAAUAUCCUGAGGUGGCUUCAGCAAUCGCUGAAAGUCCUGAAAGAGGAUUCCUCUGAACAGUACACCCUGCCAGAAUGGCUUAAAGCAUCCAUCAGCAACCUCCCGAAGGAAUGUGCUGAGGCAUCCAGGGAGGAUGUGAAUGGUUGGCUAGAAGGAUCGAUAAAUCAUCUCCAAGAAGAAGGGCCAGAAACCUGUGAUUUAGAUGUGCAGGGAUGGCUUGAAGCAUCUAUUAUAGGCAUUCAACACCUACUAAAGUCCAAAUCAAAGUUUCGACGAAGCCAAAUAAAAGGGAUGGCUUGAAAAAUCAAUAGAGAACUUCAAGAAGCAAUGUCCUGAAGGAUCUGUGGUGAAUAUGUUAGAAUGACUUCAAGGAUCCUUAGAAAGCCUGUCAUUUUCUGGAGAACCUAGACCAGUUCUUGAAAAAUGGCUUCAACAAUCCUUGAAAAACCUGCAAGAGGAAGGUCCUGAUGUAUCUAAACAAGACGCCCAAAAAUGGGUCAAAAUAUCUAUAAAGGAUCUUGAGGAGGAAGGACCUAAAACACCACAUCUAGAUACUCAGGAAUGGCUUGAAGCCUCUAUUAAAGGCAUUCGGGAUCUACAGAAGUCCACGGUGGAGAUGAAAAGAACUCUGAGGAAUAGAAUAGAAUAGAAUAGAAUAGAAUAGAAUAGAAUAGAAUAGAAUAGAAUAGAAUAGAAUAGAAUAGAAUAGAAUAGAAUUUUGAUUGGCCAAGUGUGAUUGGACACACAAGGAAUUUGUCUUGGUGCAUAUGCUCUCAGUGUACAUAAAAGAAAAGAUACCUUCAUCAAAGUACAACACUUACAACACUUAAUGAUGGUCAUAGGGUACAAAUUUAACACUUAAUGAUAAUCAUAGGGUACAAAUAAGCAAUCAGGAAACAAUAUCAGUAUAAAUCCAAAGGAUUACCAGCAACAAAGUUACAGUCAUACAGUCAUAAGUGGAAGGAGAUGGAUUAUGGGAACGAUGAGAAGAUUAAUAGUGCAGAUUUAGUAAAUAGUUUGAGAGUGUUGAGGGAAUUAUUAGUUUAGCAGAGUGAUGGCGUUUGGGGAAAAAAUGGACCUUUUUGGAGUGAGUGACAUACUGUGAGUCACAUGGACGAUGGUAUUACAGCAAGAGCUUCAUAACCAAUCAACACUUGUCAUCAACAAUUGUGGUUGUCUAGAUGCUGCCUUAAGUUGGGUGGGAGGAGAAAAGAAAGAGAGCGGAAAGAAAAAGGAAUGAAGGAGAGAUUGAUAUGGAGGAAGAAAAAGAAAGAAGGGCCAAACAGCAAGCAUGAUUAUGCCAAAACGCCAAGAAUGGAUAGACAACAGUAGAGCACAGACAAACAAAACUUUGUAAGUGAAAAGGAAUCAACCAAAAUCAGGAGUGCUCCCCUGAUUGCAGCAUUGCUAGCACAACCAUGCAGCCUAUGUGGAAGGGAAGGGAUGCCUUAUCAGGAAACCUCUCAAGACUUUAAUGCCCAUCAGACACUUAUGGACCAUAGUCUGGUCCUUGGUCUGGGCUACACAGCCAAGGCCUCAGAGUAUCACCGUUGCUUGAAAUGGGCUUCCCAGCAGCCGAAGAGAGAUCAUUGGACUUGAUGGUGCGGGAGUAUGAACGGAUUUCCAGAAAAAUGGCAGACCACAGGAACCCUUUUAGCAGUUCCAAAAAGGCUCCACACCCAUUUGCACUACUCAGGUGAUGCUGAGGACACAGGCAAACCUCCGAGUGGCCUCAACCACUCUGUACAGAAUGCAAACGACCAGCUGUCUGCAAGGAAUAUCAGUCCUUCCAUUUCCACCAUCCAACUGGAGCUGAAGAAGCUUCUUGGAUGAGAAGGGAGACGUCUUCUAAGACUUGAUGUUUUCUUCUAUUUAAUUUGCCUUCUUGUUGUAGUCCGUCAGCAGCCUACGGAGCUGGCAACGGAGUCCGACAGCGAUGAGGCUGAGGUGAGGCCAGGGCCAUCGGGAAGUGAGGUGUGGACUCCAGAGCCUCCAAAACCUGAUAAUAGUGAGGAAGAGAAACUGGAGGAGCCUGUUCCUAAUGCACGCACGAGAAGAGCUGCCAAAAGGCAAGAGCAGCUCAAGCAGAGAGGAUGGCCCCUCCCAUAAGGCUUAAUAACAGACCAGCACCGGUGUUUCAGUUUGCCGGAAAACAACGUUGUAGCUGCGUCCUCUGCUUCGUGUGUUUGUGACUUCUGGAUAUUUAUCAGGAAGGGCCUUUGGCAGUUUGCCUAAUUGGAUUUUGCCUAAUUUGUGAUAACUGAAGAAUUUGUCUCUGGGAGGCCUUUGUUUUACUUUGAGUUGAACGACGCUGGGAAUGAAGUAAUUCGCAGCUGUUGGAAGAAAGUUUAUUUUAUCACGGACUGAGGUUGUUGCUACCUACUUGGGUCUGGGUCACCACACUUCUACAAGUCUUUAAUAAAGCCUGAAAUCUCCUCAUUGACUGGUCUGUUCAUUGUGUUUGGAUUCCCAAAGAGCCAUUUAUCCGGCCCCUGGGCCAUUGCUUGAUACUUGGUGAAAAACACACACAGAGAGACACAUAAACUUAUCUGAUUUAUCAUAUCAGAUUUACUUUACAAAGUAAAUUUACAAUCAAACAAAGGAGCCACCUAAACAAAUUUACUAUUCAGAAGCAAUUGAGCCAAGAGACCAAGAUCACUGGCAAAUAGGCUCUCACCAGAAAUCAACUGUAUCCAUAAAGUAUCUGGGGUGAACCAGAUCUGGAAGCUUUCAAGGUGAAAAGGAACCAACCAAAAUCAGGAUUGCUCCUCUGACUGCAGCGUUGCUAAUAUAACAAUGCAGCCUCUGUGGAAGGGAAGAUGUACCUUCUCAGGAAAGUUCUGAGACUUCCAUGCCCAUCUUACAGUUAUGGGUCAUGGCCUGGUCUUGCCAUGACCCUGGAAUUUGGGUGCCAAAUCUUAAUUAAAACCAUGAAAUUGCCCUUUCAGCUCCGAGCUCUGCACUGGUUUGAGCACUCAGGGCUAUAUACCCAGGACCUCAGAGUAUCUCCAUUGCUUGAAAUGGAGUUCCCAGCAGCUAAAGAAUUAUCACUGGACUUGAUAUUUCUUGUAUUUAAUUUGCAUGCUACAGGUACUUAAUAAAGCUUGAAAUCUCCUUA